AUGCCCGUCGACACCAACCAAGUUCUUAAUUUCCUUUUCCAGCUACUUGUUGCUAUACAAUUGAUAGCGGUAGCAAUCCUAUAUGCUAAUGUGCUUCCAUUCCCAGACCCUCCUCUACAAAAGAUAUCAAACGUUACUGGUUUACCAAUAUGGGUUCCUGCCUCUGCUAGUUUUACGUCAAUAAGCGAGUUUGUGGGUUUGACUGAAUAUGUUGCAGCUUUUAUCACUGGAGUACUUUCCGUUUAUUGCGUAUACAUUAAGCUCCACAAAAUACCACCUGUCGACAGUAGUUCUGUUGAUGUACGCGGCGGUCACGAACAUACAGAAGAAAUUAUUUGGACAAAAUUACUUUUCAAUACUAUUGUUACUGGUUAUGUAAUUGUCACCUUUAUUGCUCGGAUUACGAGUACUUUAUUUCAAAUGGGAAAAUUAUGGGCAUCUUUUGGAAUCUAUCAUAAUCUUUUAGAACUUUGUCUUGCUGCUGCCUUAUUGCAGAAAGGAACUUCCAACUACGUAAUGGGCCUUAUUAUUAUAGCAGUAUAUUCGAUUUCUGUUAUCGCAAUCACUAGCCAGAUAAACUGGUAUUGGGAUGCUGUAUUCUUCAAAUUCCAAGGCAAAUUUAGCCUUGGACUUUUUGCUACCGGUCGUAAUUCCGUGAAUGCAAGUUCUCUUACUCCUCAGUACCAGAUAUAUUGUCUGGUCGCUGCCGCUACUAUACAUCUCAUUGGAAAUAUAGCAAUUGUAGAUGAUAAUAUUCAACGUGUCAUAUUUUAUCGCUUUUUCAAUGUACACCAUUUAUGUGCAGCAAGCUGA